AACCCAUCUUGGUUUCAAGUUCCGACAGUUCUCCGCCUCUCAAUUCUUCAAUUCCUUCGCAGUCCUCGUUUUAAUUCCUUUGCUCAAGAUGUCCUUCUCUUUUGUGACCGUUCUUUCUCUGAUUGUUGUCGCUAAUGCAGCGUACUACAGACCAGGAGGUAAAAUGGGCGGAGGCAUGAUGGCCGGUGGCAUGGGCGGAGGAAUGAUGGCCGGUUCCAUGGGAGGAGGAAUGGGCGGAAUGAUGAUGCCCAUGGGAAUGGGAGGAAGUAUGGGCGGAGGAAGUAUGGGAGGAAUGAAGGGUAUGAUGAUGCCCGUUAAGAUGGGCGGUAUGAUGGGUGGCGGAGGAAUGAGCGGUAUGAUGGGCGGCGGAGGAAUGAGCGGUAUGAUGGGCGGCGGAGGCAUGGGCGGUAUGAUGGGCGGAAUGAAAUCUGCCUAUUAUGGAUAAGAAUUUGCUAAAGGAAUUCCCUUUCGCAGUCCUUCAAAUGAUGGUGAUUUUGCUACUCUAUAUAAAAAAUAAAGAAGUUAUAUAAUUUA